AUGUUACAAGCUGCCCAGGGCAUGGGCAUGAGUAAUGCUCCUCAGGGGGAUACUCCCAACCUUAUUGAUAACUCCGAGACCGUUCAUAUAUCCUCUCUAGCUCUUCUUAAGAUGUUACGGCAUGGCCGUGCGGGUGUACCCAUGGAAGUGAUGGGCUUGAUGCUGGGAGAAUUUGUGGAUGAAUACACAGUCAGAGUUGUAGAUGUGUUCGCUAUGCCCCAGAGUGGUACCGGGGUCAGUGUCGAAGCUGUUGACCCCGUAUUUCAGACGAAGAUGAUGGAGAUGCUUCGACAGACCGGAAGACCAGAAACCGUCGUGGGAUGGUACCACUCCCAUCCAGGUUUUGGGUGUUGGCUUUCUUCAGUUGAUAUCAACACUCAACAAUCUUUUGAACAGCUCACUCCUCGUGCCGUUGCCGUUGUCGUUGAUCCUAUACAAUCCGUAAAGGGGAAAGUCGUCAUCGAUGCUUUCCGAUUAAUAUCCCCUCAGACUCUUGUCAUGGGCCAGGAACCUCGUCAGACCACAUCUAACCUUGGACACCUUAAUAAACCAUCCAUUCAAGCUUUGAUUCACGGCUUGAACCGUCAUUACUACAGUAUUGCCAUCAACUACCGAAAGACAGGCCUGGAAGAGAAUAUGCUCAUGAACCUCCACAAGCAUGUAUGGACUGAAGCUCUUCAGAUGAACGACUUUAGGGAGGAGCGCAAAGAAAAUGUGGAGCGGCUACAGAAGCUUGUUGGACUUGCUGAAGGAUACGAAAAGAGGGUUAAGGAGGAAUCGGAGCUGACACCGGAACAGCUCAAGACACGAUAUGUUGGAAAACUGGACCCCAAGAAACGUAGGACCCCCUUUGAUCAGCGCAGCAUUUAUAUUUAUACCUUGACUAACUUUGAAUUUCUCUCUCUAACAGACAUUGAGGAUGUUGGUCAACAGCUUAUAGAGGACAACAUCGUAGCUGUAUCCCGACAGAUGAUUGAUAAGGAGGCAUCUCUAGCUCGAGAUAGCCGAUCAAAGGCACACCAGCAAGACAUGAUGGAGACCGAUGAGGAAAUAUAA